AUGACACCUAGUUUAAAUUCAAUGGUCACUUUGAGUUGGUACGAUUACACCAUCUUUGUAGGUACUCUAGUGUUCAGUACUAUGAUCGGGAUCUACUACGGCUGCUUUGGAACUAAGCAAGCAACAAUGAAAGAGUACCUCAUGGGAGGGAAAACCAUGAAAAUCGUUCCUAUAGCGAUAUCAGUAGCAGUGAGUCAUAUUUCUGGAAGUUUGCUACUAGGAACAGCAGCAGAUGUCUUCAGGUACGGAGCUAGCGUGUGGUUGGUUAAUUUAUCCUUCAUAGUAAUGGGGCUAGCGAAUUUUGCUUACCUUCCUGUGUUCUUUAAACUGCGACUGAGAAACAUUUACGACUAUUUGGAAAAAAGAUUCGACUCGAAAACGAGACUGUUAGCGAUUGUGUUUUACUUGAUUGCUGAGAUUCUUAUAUUUCCAGUGCAUGUGUACACUCCAUCAUUGACAUUAGCGACCGCUAGUGGUUUUAAUGUAAAUCUAGUCGCUUUUAUUUUAUCUGCCAUCUGCGUCUUCUACACUUCAGUGGGCGGUUUUAAAACCGUAGUUUGGACUGACUUUCUUCAAUUUGGUAUAAUAAUGGCGUCUUUUAUCAGCGUUUAUGUGAUUGGUCUUGGAAUGACUGGAGGCUUUUUGUCGGUGUGGAACACAGCAUUAACUGGUGAACGACUACAAAUUUUUAAUUUCGAUGUUAAUCCCACAGUAAGAGACAGCUUCUGGGGAUACUUAAUAGGCGGUGGAGCAAUUUUUGCAAGCUAUGUAGCCUGUCGUCAAACCGGGGCCCAAAAAUUUUUAACCUUACCAAAUUCUGCAGACAUCAAAUGGUCUAUUAUAUACACCGUAGUUAGUAUGGCGGUGGUCCACACUUUGUGCAUUUUCGUUGGGUUAGUGGUUUACGCCAAGUACAAAGACUGUGACCCUUUGACUAGUCACAAGAUCUCAAAACAUGACCAAAUUUUUCCGUACUUCGUAACCGAGAUAGGUGGCACCGUACCAGGACUCUCGGGUCUCUUCAUAGCAGCUAUUUGUUGUGCAUCUUUAAGUUCGAUGUCUUCAAACCUAAACGCCAUUUCUGGUGUUAUCUACAAAGACAUUGUGUACUUCUUUUUCAAGAAAGAACUGUCUGACAAAAGCGGCAGCGGUAUUUUGAAAAUAAUAGUCCUAGUUGUUGGGACCUUGUGUACUUGCUUGGUGUUUACAGUGGAAUUGUUAGGGGACGUGUUUUCUGUCGGUGUAUUAGCGACAAGUCUUACUCAAGGACCGUUGUUGGGGGUGUUUACACUAGGAAUUUUCGUUCCUAAAGCAAACCCAAAGGGGGCCUUUUACGGUAUGCUUGGAGGUUUUAUAGCUGCUAUUUGCCUCACACUUCCUGCCAAAUAUUACGAACUGAAGGGUUUGAUAAAGUACCCUACGAAACCCCUGUCAAUAAGUGGUUGUGGUCCGUUCAACCAAACUACAAAUUUAACUUCUUUUGGCACCACUGCAUUAAAUGGUACCGUAGCACACCAACCCCCUUCCAUUUUUAAAAUUACGUUUUACUACUAUACGUUUUUUGGAGCCAUCAUGACCAUCGUUUUCGGUUUAAUUAUUAGCUAUAUGUCAAAGAGUGCUUCGGUUGACAGAAAAGUGCUAAGUCCCUUGAUAUACAGGUACUUACCUGAUGAAGGUCGGGAAGAAGAGAGGGUGUCUUGUACUAGUGCACAAGAAACUUCAUUGAAUCUGGGUUAGAAUUUUUGGGUAUUGUUGUUAGGUUGGGCUCAUGUUUUGUGUUCGUUGUUGUCAUUUUAAAUAACCAGGCAUAAAUUUAAGAUAUAAUUUGUUAGACCAUUAUGUAAAAA